AUGGAUGCAGUGCCCGGCACCGUUCUUAAAUCGGGUUCUAUUUCUGUGACGGAUGCGAUUCUUGCCGCAGGAAAAAACUAUUCGCCCAGUAUGCAGAUCCGGUUCGGCCAGCAAGACACCACAGUGAUUGCGCUUAAUAAUUAUGGUACCGGCAUUACACUCGAUAAUAUCAGGCUGUAUGCAGUAGUGAAUGAUGUAGCGCUGGAUAGCCUGAUAUCUCCGAAAAACAUUGCCUGCAACCUCAACAAUAUGCCCGUUACCGUUCGUGUAUAUAAUGGCACUUCCGUAACUCAAAACAAUAUUUCAGUAUCCUACAAUGUUGACAAUGGCCCGGUGUACACGGAGAUCAUUUCCUCCCUGGCGGGAAAAACACGGACCAUCCAUACGUUUGCACAACUGCUUAACGGGUUGGCACCAGGCCCGCAUACCAUCAAAACCUGGGUAGCUUUAAGUGGUGAUACUUAUACUGGAAAUGAUUCGCUUACCGAAUCAGUACGUAAUCAGCCACUGAUCAGCAGCUAUCCUUAUCUUGAAAACUUUGAAGCCAAUGACGGCUAUUGGUUUGCAGAAGGAAUUAACAGCUCCUGGGAAUACGGCACUCCUGCUUCUUCGAAGAUAACCCAGGCGGCUAGCGGCACCAAAGCAUGGAAAACCAACCUGACCGGCACGCAUAACGAUAGUGAAUAUUCCUUCCUGUAUUCACCUUGUUAUGAUCUUUCAGGGCUUAGUCAGCCCAUGCUCAGCUUCAGUACCGUUCUUGAUAUAGAGCAUUGUGGCAACCCGAUCUGUGAUGGCGCCUGGAUGGAAUAUUCCCUGAACAAUGGGCAAAGCUGGACGAAGCUGGGUGCUGCAGGGCAAGGACAAUCGUGGUACACCAAUGCCAAUGAUAAUGUAUGGGAUGAUGAAGGUAAUUACCGCUGGCGGGUAGCUUCUAUCCCGCUGCCGGUCACCUCACAACCACUUCGCUUAAGGUUCGUACUCCUUUCUGAUGUCGCUUAUGCCACGGAAGGUAUCAGCCUUGAUGAUGUGCAUAUUUACAACAGGGAUUACCCGUUAUAUAAUGACGCCAGCGCCGGCCCCAUCAGCCAGGCAGUCAGUGGCAGUAAUUAUGUCAACUUCCUGAAUGGAGGUAAGCUGUUUACCCAGAUCAGGCCGGACGGUCAGAACCUGGGCAAUACGGAUGUCAAUGUCUAUAUGCAUCCUGCUCCCAUUGUUGCAGAUGCCAAAUACUACCUGGCACGCAGCUAUAAAGUAACAAGCGCCUUACAGCCCGCAGACAGUGUUACAGCCAGGUUUUACAUCACCGAUGCCGAGGUGACAUCCCUCAUAAAUGACAAUAGUUGCGCCGUCUGCUCCAAGCCCAAAGAUGCUUACCGUAUCGGCAUUGCCAAAUAUGAUGAUCUGGCAGCGGGCAACAUCAAUGGUACAUUAACGGACAAUAUUGGAGGCACCUGGACGUACUACCCUGCCAACAACAUUAAAUGGGUACCUUAUGAUAUUGGCUACUAUGCCGAGGUGCGCCUGCGCUCUUUCUCGGAGAUCUGGUUUAAUGAUGGAACAUCACAAACAUCACUCUCAUUAAAGCUGGUAAGCUUUGGUUUAACCAAGAACAGUACAAGCGCAUUCCUCCAUUGGGAAUUGCAGGAAACAGAAGGCGGCGAACAGGUGGCCCUGCAACGGAGCGGGAGCGAUAUGGCGUUCACGCCCUUGGUAACAUUCCCCAACAUAUCCAAACAACUAUCGCUAAAACAAAGCUAUGAUGAUGCCGCUCCCUUAAACGGCAACAACUACUACCGCCUUGCCAUUACCGGAAAAAACGGGCGCAUUACCUACAGCAAUAUACUCUCGGCUACCUUUGGUGAGGCAGAGGUCUUGAAAGUUUAUCCGAACCCGGCUACCAAUAAGGUUCAGCUCGACUGGAAGGACAACAACAUUCCGGCAACGAUCAGGAUACACAAUGCUGUUGGAGCACCGGGCACCACCACCAACUUCCAGAGCUUUACAGCGGCAGUGGCUGCCAUCAGUUGUGGUAUCUCCGGCCCCAUUGUUUUUAACGUUGUUGCCGGUGCAGCACCUUAUAACGAACAAAUUUCCAUUCCCGUCAUUCCGGGCGCAUCAAGGGUGAACACCGUUACCUUUAAUGGCAAUGCCAAUACGCUGACCUAUGCCGCUACGCUUAGUACAGCACCACAUACACUGGUACUGAACGGGGCCGACUAUAUCACGGUUAAUAAUCUGAACAUUAUUGGCACCGGUGCUUCUUAUGCACUUGUCUGUCACCUCUGGAACCAGGCCGACAGCAACCGGUUCAACAACUGUACGUUUACCGCACCGGCCAAUGGUACCACGGCCAUGACGAUUGACAAGAACAAGAUCCGCGAUCCUUUUGCCAGCUCACCAACGUCUACCAGUUCGGUUUAUGGCAUUUAUCAGAUUGUAAGUUCAACAGCGGGCAAUGAGAAUAUGAUCUCUAAUAACCUGCUGUACAAUAUGAAUUCCAACGGCCUGCAAUACUUCAUCUAUCUAAGCGCGUACAACUACACCAAUGUACUGCACAAUACCUUAGUUAGUGAUUACACAGCAUCUACAGCAGGCAGCACCACCUAUGGUAUUUACUCCACAGGUACACUCGGUCUUAAUAUCAGGAACAAUAUCGUUUCCAUAUCGCGCGGUGGUACCGGCACUAAAUAUUGCCUGUACUAUAGUGGUGCCAAAACAUCCAAUAACAACGACUUGUACAUAACAUCAACAGCCGGCACCAAUGCGGUCGGAUACUUUGGCGGUGCCCAGGCAACACUUGCCGCCUGGCAAACUGCCUCUGGUAUGGAUGCCAACUCUGUCUCGAUUGACCCCGCCUUCACGGCGCCGGCAACAGGCAAUUUCCAACCCAGCGCUGUUACCCUGAAUGACCUGGGCACGCCGACUGCCGUUACUACAGACAUCCUGGGACUGACGCGCAGCGCCACCACACCGGAUAUGGGCGCGUAUGAAUUUGGCUCAGCUCCCUGCGCUCCUGUUACCGGCCUUACCGCAUCACCCGUUGGUACUGCUACCGCUACCCUUUCCUGGACUGCUGUAACAGGUUGGGUGACCAUUUCCUUUGUAACACAAUGUGUACCGCCUGUGGCAACUAUUACUGCGGCCAGUGCCACCACCUUCUGCGCACCGGCUUCAGUGGUAUUGAAUGCCAAUACAGCUACUGGCCUUUCUUACCAGUGGAAGAAUAGUACAGGGGAUAUUCCGGGCGCCACCAGCGCUUCGUAUACCGCUACUGCAUCCGGCAGCUAUACCGUUGUCACUUCUAUCAGCACGUGUAAUACCACAUCGGCAGCCGUUACGGUUACGGUUGUACCAAGGCCGGAUACCUCGGUAACCGUAUCGCCAUUAUCUGCAACAGUUUGUUCCGGCAGUAAUGUAACGCUUACAGCACCGGCUGCAACCGGCCGUACUUACCAAUGGCUGCUGAACAAUGCGGUGAUCGCAGAUACAUCCUUCAUCCGUACGGUUACCAUACUUCCUGCACCUGUGGCUACUGUUACCUUAACAGGAUCUGCGGUUGCCUGCGCCGGCAGCACGGUAUUACUGACCGGCCCUGCACCGGCAACGGGCAUUACUUAUCAAUGGCAACGUAAUGGUGUGGACAUAGCAGCGGCAACAACCAAUACCUAUACCGUAAUCAUUACCAAUGGCGCCUGUACCACCACUUCCGAAACCAAAACAGUAGCGGUAAACCCAACACCUGUGGCGGCGAUUACGGCGGCAGGCACUACCAGUUUCUGUGACGGUGGCAGCGUAGUGCUGAACGCCAAUACCGGUACCGGACUCACUUAUACCUGGAGAAGAGGUGGGAUUGCUACGGGUGCCACAUCGGCUUCGUUUACGGCUACAACCAGUGGCAGUUAUGAUGUGAUCGUAUCCAACGGCACUUGUACCGCAACCUCUAAUACAGUGAUCGUUGUUGUGAGCACACCACCAGCCCCGGUUAUUACAUCAUCAGGCGCCACGGUACUCUGCCAGGGAGGCAAUGUAGUCUUGAGCACAACUUCAAAUCCUGCUUAUACCUACCAAUGGCUGCGCAACGGAAGUGCUGUUUCCGGCGCCAAUAAUGCCACCUACGCUGCGACGCAGGGUGGCAAUUAUGCGGUUACCGUGACCAACGGUACUUGCGUGGUGACUUCUGCGGUAUUACCAUUGACGGUAAAUGCGCUGCCUCCUGCACAAAUAUUACCACAAGGCGCAACCACCUUCUGCGAGGGCGGUGCGGUAAGCCUGCAUGCCAGUAUUGCAACCGGCUUCAGCUAUCAGUGGUAUCGUAAUACAGCGGUUAUCAAUGGGGCAACCAAUGCCGUUUAUAUAGCUACGGCCUCCGGCGAUUACAGUGUUGUCAUCUCCGAUCCCAACUGUUCUGCAACAGCACCGGAUGUACGGAUCACCGUCAACCCCGUUCCGCAAACACCAGCUAUUGUGGUGACCAAUGGCACGACGCUGACAACCGGCAAUUUCAUUACCUAUCAGUGGUAUCUUAACGGCACGGCAAUUGCCGGCGCAACCAACCGCAGUCAUACCGCCACUGUAAACGGUAAUUAUACGGUAGCAGUGACCAACUACGCUGGUUGUGUGGCGACUUCCGAAGCACAGGCAAUCGCUAAUGUGGGUAUCAAUAAUCCUGAAAAAUCAAUGGUACGACUGUACCCUAACCCAACCAGCGGCCUGCUGUAUAUUGAUGCAGACAAAGCGGUCAAUAUCUCUAUCCGCAGCGUAGAUGGUAAGGAAGUAAUCCGUAAAGAAAAUGCACAGCAGCUGAACCUGACACCACUUGCAGAUGGCGUUUACCUGAUCCGCAUCACCGACAAAGCCGGACAACUCAUCAAAACAGAACGACUGGUAAAGACCCAGAAAUAA